UGACGAAUCGCAUGUUGGUGGAUCCAAUUGUGGAAGAUUUGCAAUUCUUCAACGUGACCAGGAGCGUCAGCGGUGCGAUGCCUGCGAACGGUGAGCCGAACUCCAUGAGCAAGUCCAAGAGCACAGUGCUCUUGAUGGGGCAGAUUGUGCAGACAGACACGACGCUCCACAAUGCAGCAGGCUCAACUUCCGUCACGGGGCAUGGAGACGACGUUGAACUUCUCGUGCAAACGUCCACUGCCAUCUUGUCAACGAUUCAGAUCCUUCGCCGCAUCAUCAAGGAUCACACGUAUAGCCGCGUCGGCCGCGAAUUGCGACAUCUCUCGUUGACGGUGGGUUGUUUUGAGCGUGUCUUGUUCAGCUUCAUCAAAGACGAGAUCAUUCGAGAUCCGCAAAUCGACUACCGCAACAAGCAAGCACUGAAAGACAUCAUUCCAUUGAUUCCGACGGAGCGUCGGCACACGAUUCUUGCCGGCGGUGUCGCAUCCUUGCUUCGUCAAGUCAUUGUGUCGAUGACAGACACCAAGCAAGUGCUGCUCAGCCUCUCUCAAAACUACGACCCGUUCUGGGAAAAUCGGUGGUCCUUUACACCGUUUACGCUCUUGGCCCUUGCUGUGUUUGUGGCACACAAGCGAUACGCCAAACACUUGUCAAUCCGAGCAAUCUUUAGUCUCUUUCGUCCGUCCAUCAAGCAGAUCCAGUACUCGAUUUUCGUGUUGGUCUGCUACGACUACCUCUGGCGCUUUUCGUAUCGAUUUUCCAAACUCCGCAAGAUCAAAGUGCAUCACGCUCGGGUGUCGCUGACGCUGCGGCUCUUUCUCCUCUGUGAACACGUGUUGGAUCGCACUCGCCUCGCUCGUUCGGCGUCGCGGCGACUCCUUAUUGACUCGCCUGUCGAAGCCGACAUCAACGAAAACCUCAAGUCCGCCACGUCGCUCCUGGUUGAACGAGUGCCUCUUCCGGCUGAGUACUACGACACAUCUCAUGAGCCCGUGGGCAUGAAACUCUUCAAGGCGGGUGGGCAUGCCAUGUGUGCGUCCAGUGCGACGGCGCAUUGGCUGUUGGGGCCAUCGUGGUUCCCCACCCUCGGUCCUUACCUCCUCGGGUUGUUGCUUCCGUACUACAUCGUCCGUCACCACAAAGCAUCAGCGCUUGCGACCCGUGUAUGCAUGGACAAACCCGAUAUUUCUGUCAUUCGAAUGGCAUGGAAUUUCUUUGGAGAGUCGUGGCUCGCGAUCAGAGUGGCCGAACUCCAGUCGCCGUCGCUCCCCGUUCGCACGGAAAUCUUCGUGGACGAGUCUGGACGGUCUGCGGGAUCCUAUCGACGGCAGCCCACUGACAUUGGCGUGCGCAUUUUCAGCUGUCGGCCAAUUGCAAGCGUCAAGCAAGGGUCGUGGGCACAUGCGUCGGUGCGAUGCUCAGACAAAAUGAAGGGCAUUGGCAUGCCGACAGCGACUCCCGUGUUGAUUUACAUCCACGGUGGUGGCUUCUUCGGGCGGUUUUGGGCCAAAGAUAUAGUCAACCUGAGUGCGUGGGCCGUGGAGUUGGGUGCCGUCAUCGUGUAUGUCGACUACACACGAACUCCAGAAGCCCAGUACCCCGUGCCCCUGAACCAGUGCUUCACAGUGUACAAGUGGCUGUUACAAGGCGGACUCGGCUUCCAUCCGUCCUCGAUUGCCAUGUUUGGCGAGAGUGCUGGUGACGUGCAUCGUAUCAACUUGUUGAGACCUUCACAACUGCACAUGGCACACAGGCGGGAACCUCGCGGCAGCUGUGUGCCUAAAGGCUGUCCAGGAAAGGAUUGCACUGCCCGAUGGCCUGGUGCUGGUCCAUCCCGCGCUCACUUGCAACUUUUCGCCGUCGCCGUCUCGAUUUCUCCACCAAAGCGACCCCGUGCUACCUAGAGGAAUCUUGGAAUUGGCACUGAACUCGUAUUACCCGCUCAACGGCGAUCACUACAAGAACAAUACGUACGACCCACUUGUCGCCGUGGGUCUGGCCGACGACAGCUUACUUCGGCACUUCCCCCCGACAGCCCUCCUCGUCGGCGACAUGGAUCCGCUCCUGGACGACAGUGUGGACUUUUACACCCGUCUCAACAACCUCCAAGUCGAAGCGUCGCUGAAAGUCGUCACGGGUCUUACCCACGGCUUCCUCAUCUACCCCGACCUCGUCCCUGCCGCUCAAGCUGCGGUCGACGACCUUGCCGUUGAGGUGCAUGCCAUUUUCAAGCGGCGAAUAUCAACGUAGCACACGCUUGACACCGGAUCGUAUUUCACACAUCUCAACUGUCCAUUUGUAACGGUGGCCGUUACCACUUUUGACGGACGUCGUGGGGCUUGAUCGACUUGCAUCGACAACGGCUGAACGACAGCAGCUCAGGUCGCGACUGUGAGGAGGUAUCUGCCCUCUAUUUCGUCGAUUGUUCAUGUCGCGCUUCUCAAGCCGGUCGAAGGCUGCACCAGAAGCAUGCGACGUUGCAGCCGCGCAUUGGACAGAAUCCUAAAGUGGCAAUAGUGCGGCCAUUACAAACUGGACACCCACGAACGCAUACAAAUUGCAUUGAAACUGCAAGAGAGGUUUUCUAGCAGGUUGGAACACCACGACGGAAAAGUUCAAAUUUUUAUCCGGCCAGCUGUGAACCUGUUUUCGUCGACUCUAUCUUUUGUAUGAAAACACCGGAUAAUGGAGAUUUCUGAUGCA